AUGCAGUUACGUGCCCUCACAGGUGCGUUAGUGGCUGCCGCCUUCGCCUCGGGUGCCUUCUAUGCUUACAGCGACAAAUCCUCGACAGGACAUUCGCAUUCACCCGCCGAUCAAGCGAGGAACCUGACCAACGCCGCGAGUAGCGAGCCUACACGAAAGGCUCUGGUCGUCGGCCCCGGUGAACUUUAUACGGGAACAAUCACCGGCACUGGCCCAAUCUCAAAAGAGACGGAUGACUACGGUAGAAAGGUGCUGGAGAUGCUGGACCCCGACCAAGCUACUGCCAAGUUGAGGAAAAACGAGGAGUCGUGGCUUGUAGGGAGGGGACAGGGAGUUGUGCGAUACGACGUGGUGCAGAUCCCCAGCAACUCUCCGAUCGAAGAUGACCAUGCCGAGAAGAUUAUCGAGGUACCAUCAAAUCUGGCAGCUACCGACAAUGGCGCUCCCGCCAGCGACUGGAUGUUCUGGGGUGUUUUCGACGGACACAGUGGCUGGGUUACUUCAGCCAAACUCCGUCAAACGCUCAUUUCCUAUGUCGCACGCGAGCUCAACACGACCUACAAGUCCGCCGUCGAGGACCCUGCACUCCACUUCCCGAGCUCCGAUGCUAUUGACAAAGCCAUCAAGACGGGCUUCAUCAAGCUAGACAACGAGAUCGUACACGAAUCUGUCAAAAAGGUUCGGAAGGCUCAGUCAAAGAUCGCUGCUGCCGAGCUGCUUGCCCCCGCCUUGUCCGGUUCUUGUGCACUUUUAUCCUUCUACGAUAGCCAGUCAAAACUGCUGCGAGUUGCCUGCACGGGUGACUCGCGCGCUAUCCUAGGUCGACGAGGCCCAAAUGGCAAGUGGACAGUGACACCUCUGUCUGAAGACCAAACUGGCGGCACCACAAGCGAGGCAGAGCGAUUACGCCGAGAACACCCAGGUGAGCCCAAUGUGGUACGUAACGGUCGCAUCCUAGGUGGGCUGGAGCCAUCCCGUGCUUUUGGCGACGCCUCCUACAAGUGGUCGCUCGAGACGAAUGCAGAGCUCAAGAAGUCCUACUUUUCACGGUCACCGUCAACGCUACUCAAAACUCCCCCAUAUGUCACUGCUGAGCCUGUUAUUACCACAACCAAAGUAGAGCCUGAAAAAGGCGACUUUGUGGUCAUGGCUACUGACGGUUUGUGGGAAAUGCUUACCAACGAAGAGGUCGUUGGCCUAGUUGGGCAAUGGCUCGAUGCUCAGGGCAACCCGAGCAGUCAAGGUUCACAGGCUCAGUCCUGGCUCAAAAGUUGGUGGUCAACACAAAAGCAACUGCCUGUCGAGCAAAAGCCAGGUGAGAAAGGGGAGGGGCAGCGUGCACCAAUCCGCCAGCAGCAGUGGGGUACCAAGACCAGCCUGAACGAGCGUUUCGUAGUCGAAGACAAGAAUGCAGCAACUCAUCUUGUUCGAAACGCACUUGGCGGAAAGGACCAAGAUCAGCUGAGUGCACUGCUCACUCUUCCAAGUCCCUUUUCUCGACGAUACAGAGAUGAUUUGACAGUUGAAGUCAUCUUCUUUGGAGAGGGUACAGGCACUGGCAACGUUACCCGGAAUCAGGAAGCGAGCGCCGCAGAAGCUGAGGCCAAGGCAAAGCUAUAA